GAGUAAAAUCCCUGGUAUCUGAAUUCUGUGCUUGUCAAUUACCCGAACUUCUGAUUCACACAAAUGGAAAUUACUAAGAUACAGCCUUACAAAGUUUAUUUACUCACAGUAUAUUAAUUUCUUCAUAGUCUGAAUUAUACAAUUUGCAGCAUAAUUUGGCACAUAAACACAGCAGAAUUAGUUAUUUCAUCGAUUCAGUGCACAAUAUUUUUUAGAACACGCAAGAAAACAGUGUUCAAGUAGACUUUGGAGUAUAGAUCUGAACUUGUUAGCUGGAGUUCAGAUGUUCCACUUUGGAAUUAUAUCUCAUUUAACAGAUUAAUUAGAGAGAGAGAUAGAUGAAACAUUUAAAAAAAUAAAUAAAUAAAUAAUCUGUGUUGUAUUGUAUAUAGAAGUGGAGAUAGGAUCUACCCUCAUUCUUUCCCAGCUCCAGGAAAAUUCUAGGUAGUAUUUUGGGUUGGUUCUUUCUUCUAUUCAUAUUAAGAGAAUAAAGUAGGGAAUGCCUCAGGGCAGCAUAAGCCCUGUGGCAGAUUCACAAAAGCAGAUGCAGAUAGAUAAUUUUUGAAUUUUGUUCCUUACAAGUGGGAGAAGAUGCUGAAGGUAGCUUUUCUAAACAUCAAAGGUGCAGAUGAAGUUUACUAUUCUAUUGGAUAUUUAAGUUGGCUGCAGUACUUUUUUCUGAAGGAUUAGGUCAGCAUAAUUAAAUAUAAGUGUAUAUUAGACACUUAAAUCUACAGCUUCUGGCUGCCUUUAUGCUUACCAUUCAGUUGGUGCCAAAAGCUUAUUUCAUCUUGGGUUCACGCAUCUAAAGUUUAUCUAAGCUUGUUUUCUCUGAAGAAAAACAUGUAUGCACUGGAGUCCAGAAUGCCCCGCACUCUUUUGGGAGCUGUAUUUGCUUCUUGCUGAUUGACAGAGACAGGAUGGGCCAUUUGUAUCAUCCCUGUAUAUUCAGUAAAUCAGGUAUGUUUGGAUCUGUGGUUGAAAAAUAAUGUCAUCCAAUCCCGGUUUUCAAUUUGGUGCUCAAAGAUGACAUAAAAGCUCAACACUAGGGAGGAAUAUUCUCUUAAUAAGGAAGGGGAGGGGGGAGGGGGGGUGAAGUCAGCCCUUCACUUCUCAGUGAUUGGGAUUCACUCUGUUGUUGCUGGGUGAAACAGAGUAAUGCUGUUGCUGCUCCUGCUUCUUCACAGUGAUGUUUCUGUUCCAGUUUUUGCUGACUCAUAUUCGGGAAAACAUGAUGCGCAGACACAAUGCUCUGUAACUCUUUUUCUUUCCCCCACUAACCUCGAAAGUUUCUGUAGCUCAUGCAAUAAAUGGCUGAGGAAACACGUGCAGUAACAAGAGAUGAAGCGGAGAUCCAGAAAAACUGUGAUGAAGACCCACUUCACGAUGCUGAAACAGCAUUCCCUGAUUGCUAUGCAAGCCUUAGUGAAGGCAACAGAGGCUCAGAGAUGCCAGAAAGACUGUCUGUCCUCUCUAGCAAGGCUGUGGCCCAAGCAAAAGCACUUGCUGGACCAUCAGUGGUCAUCAAUGGCAGCCAUGCACAGAGCAAGGCCUCUGCCUUGGCCAAGCACCACCUGAUGGCUGUUAAUGCAUCAGCAGGAGGCUCGUCCUGCUCUACAACAGUCUGUAAACCCAAGCCUGGGGGCCUUGCCUCACCAUGCUCUGAAAGCAUCUACUGUAGCUGUGACCAAGAUUCAGAAGCAUCGUGUGUCCCUGGGGUGCUUGAGGAGGCUGGUGAGCCCCCCAGGGCAGUCGUGGCCCUAUUGGUGAACAACCUCAGGUGCUGCCACGUGCCAGCUGAUAGCGUGUGGCCUGUGGAGAGCUGCACUGAGGGCAGCCCUUGCAGUCUGAGCUCGGCCAUCUGGAUGAAGACCACAACAGUAGUGGAGACCCUAGAAAGCAAGAAAAAGGAGGAAAAGGAGAAGUACCGGCUCCAGCUAGCAAUGUACCGAAGACUAAUGCUGUUGCGUUCGAUCAGGAGCUUGCACAAACAGCUAGAGCAGCAGCAGGCCAGGUUACAGGAAUGUUAUGGCAUGGUCAUAAAUACCAAGAAAGAAGUGUUAAAACACAUUCGUUCAACCUUGCCCUCUCCUUCUCCGUAAUCAUGUUGCUGCAUGCAGAAAUGAGCUUUGUAAUGCCACUGGAGCCGUCACUAAGCUUGCAUGCCAUAAGAUGGUUUCUUCUGAGCCAAGAGAACGUGCCCGCAUGUGCUUAGAGCAGGGAGGAAAUGGUAACAGCAGAGCAAGAAGAAAGGGAAAGGCAAAGCAUUGGCCCCUGAAUUUGUCUGCAGGGAGCUGGAAUAAGAUUAUAUCUGCAAUAAGGUAAUGCUUGAUGUGCACUCAAGGCUUCAAGCUCAUGUAUGACAUGAAAUAGAAAAAAAAAAAAA